AAGAUAAAGCCAAAACCUCAACGGCAAAGAGGUGUUGAAACUCACCUGCUAGGGCGCAUGUGCAUUUUCCUGACCGCUGCCCACAGACUUUACCAUAUUCCAACUAAGACGAUUUUGCGCACCUUUGCUUCUGGCAUACAAGGUAUGAGCGCUCCCCUUCCCUAAGAAGUAGUUUCUGAAACUAUGGCGACCAUAGACGGGUAAGAUCGGAAAGCAUAUUUCAGAGGAGAUUUUGUGGUUUCUGUGACCACUGCAGUCACUUUGAAGAGAUGGAGAUUACCGUAAAGGGAUCAAGCCUAGUACGCCCUGCUAAAGAAACGCCCGAAGAGAACCACUGGGUCUCAAAUCCGGACAUGGUGAUGACACUAUAUCAUGUCCCCCUCGUGUACUUCUACAAACCAGACGGUUCUUCGGAUUUCUUUAAAGGGCAAGUGCUUAAGGAGGCUUUAAGCAAGACUCUUGUGCCAUUUUACCCCAUGGCUGGGAGGUUGGGAAGGGAUAAAAAUGGUAGGUUCGAGAUAAUAUGCAACGCAGAGGGAGUUCUAUGGGUAGAAGCUGAAACAACUUGUGCUGUGGAUGACUUUAGCGAUUUUACUCCUAGCUUAAAACUCCGGCAACUAGUUCCGACAGUUGAUUACUCGAAGGAUACCUUCUCUCACCCGCUGGUUAUGGCCCAGGUAACUGCUUUCAAAUGCGGUGGAGUCUCUCUUGGAAUCGGAAUUCACCACACUUUGGCUGAUGGCACAACUUCCCUUCACUUCAUCAACAGUUGGUCCGAGAUAGCAAGAGGCUUGCCCCUAAUCAGGGUGGCGCCACUUAUUGACAGAACUCUUCUCCAAGCACGGAUGCCACCAACGCCCAGAUUUCAUCAUGCUGAAUAUGAUCCACCUCCUCCCUUAAACACCUCAAUGUCAAUCUUCAAAUCUCGUCCUAAGCCUAAACCCUCAUCUAUAUCUGUGUUUAAGAUCACACUCAAUCAACUUAAUACCCUAAAAGGCAUGUCAUUCAAGAAUGAAAAUUCAACUGAGUACAGCACCUACACUAUCCUAGCUGCACAUAUAUGGCGUUGUGCCUGUAAAGCUCGGGGCCUCUUGGAUGAUCAACCAACCAAGUUAUACAUGCCAACAAAUGGACGCCCCAGACUACGUCCUCCCCUCCCAUCAGCCUACCUGGGCAAUGCAAUGUUUACGGCUUCAUCAAUUUCUCUGUCUGGAAAUCUCCAAUCAGAACCAUUUAUGAAUACCAUAGAGCGAAUUCAUGGAACAUUGAAAAGGAUGGACAAUGAAUAUCUAAGAUCAGCUCUUGACUACCUAGAAAAACUGCCAGAUAUAACUGCUGCGAGGAGAGAAGCACACACUUUCCAGUGCCCAAAUCUAAGUAUCAUCAAUUGGAUGCGACUCCCUAUACACGAUGCAAAUUUUGGGUGGGGUCGACCCAUAUACAUGGGCCCGGCAAAUGUCGUCCAUGAAGGAAAAAUAUACCUGCUGCCAAGUCCAACUGAUGAUGGGAGCCUGUCACUGGUAGCAUGCCUAGAAACCUCUUAUAUGAAAUCUUUUGAGAAACAUCUUUACGAAGGCUUAAUGUCAUUUGACAAAAUAAAGGCUCGAUAUUAGUCUUUUGUUCUCUCUAUCAGUAUGCAACAUAUAAAGAUGUUCCUUUUUUUUUUUUUUUUUUCAUGAACUAACUUUUUUGGUUUGAAUCCUAUUUAUUUGUAUUUGCUGUAUAAAGCAGAAGCUAUUGUAAGAACCGACUCUAGCUAUGUCAACAAAUAAGAAGAGUGGAAGAUUAAAACCAAA